AUGGUUUCGCGCGGUCGUGGCCCGGCACGGUUGGGUUGCUGCUUAGGCCUGUCUGUUGCAGCAUGGGCGGCGGCGGGCUGUGCAUUCAGCUUGGUCUCUGGACGAACAUCUCGGCCGGUCUUGUCGAGGCCUGGCGGAGUGGCGUGUCAGGCGGAGGAUCCCUUCGCCCAGCGUGGCGGCAUCGCUGCGGCCGACUUGAUCCGGAAGCCCCCGGUGGAGAGCGAGCGCGGCGGCUUUGUGCAGAAGAGGCCGCAGGGUGAUAGGCAAAGGCCUGGCUACAACCAGGGCGCUCAGAUGACCCGUGGGAGAAGGAGUUUUCGAGUAGCCGAAGAGGAUGAAGAGGACGGGGAGGAUGUGAACCUCACCAAGGAAGAGAGAGAGGAGCGCUUCCGGCAGCAGAUUCACAGGCCAGUGACCUUGACGACCUUCAUCAAGCGCGCUGAAACUCCGGAGGAGUUCAUGUGGAUUGUCUGGACAGCCAACGACGAGACCAUGCUGAACCAUAUUCAUCUUGCAGCUGCCUUCCACAAGCUGGCGGCCUUGAAGAAGACGCAUGCGCCCUUCCGCGACCGGAUUCGCAAGAGCCCCCUGCUCGUAGACAUGGCCAAACAGGCCGCCCGGGUGGCGGACCGGCGGGAGUUCCAGGGGCGUGAGAUUGCCAACAUGCUCAUUUCCGCCGCCUCCUUGCGGACGGAAUUUCCUUGGAUUGGCGAAGUCCUGGGCGUGUCAUUGGCUGCGAGAGUGCCCGAGAAUGUGGAACGGAUGACGCCGCAGGCCCUGGCGAGCACGAUGUACGGCCUCGGGGUUCUCAAUCUGGGGGACAAGAAGGAAGUCGCCGAAGCCAUGCGCAGCUGCGCCGAGGUGAUUCCGGUCCAGCUGGGCCGGUUCACUUCUCAGGAUGUCGCGCAGGUGGCCUGGGGCCUGGGCGCGCGGGAGUCCGCAAAUGAAGCGGGGGAGCUCCUCGAUGCCAUCGAGGGCUGGGUGAUCAGUCAG